AUGCAGGAUGCCCGGCCCGACACACGCCCGGAAUCGACUCCACGGUUGCCGUCUCGCUCGAUCCCAUUUAGCAAGGACGAUUGGCAGUAUUCAUUCUAUAAGAAACUCGAAAACGUGGUUGCUAAGCGUAAACGGCGCGAAACACCACGUAUCAUAGUCAUUACCGACAUCGAGCAGGACUAUGACGACCUGCUCGCUAUCAUCUUCCUCGCCGAGAUGCACCGCAUGGGUGCCGUGGAGCUUGCUGGAUUCAUCGCCAACCAUGAGCCUGCCGACAGACGUGCCAAGUUCCUGCGAACCGUUCUUCAUCUCCUCCAAUUGCCCAAUGUCCCCGUCGCAGUGGGCACCGUCGGCACCGACGACAGGGCUAAACACGUCCAUGACCACUUCUAUGCUCUCAAGAAUGAGACAUUCGAAAACGCGUCUUGGAACAAAAAAGGUUUCAAAUCAGGAAAAGACCUCAUCGAGGAACUUGCGGAUCCCCGCCGGCCGCUCACUAUGCUUCUUAUCUCCAGCCUGCAAGACAUGGCUGAAUUCUUCACCGCUCGCUACAAGGAGACCGGUCACGAAGCAACGUCCAAGUAUCUCCAACAAAGAUUCACCAAGUUCGUCUCGCAAGGGGGUUACAAAAUCGCACCUAAUCGCGUCGACCUAAUCCCUGUUAAGGGGAUGAUGAACAACGAUUACAACUUUCCCAAGGCGGAGAAUUACUGUAAUGGUCUCGUCAGCUUCAACCUCCGCUCUGAUGCCUGGUCCCGAGAGGCGGCCAAAGCGGCGAGGUUAGAAGGUAGCUUCAUGCAGCGUCUUUUCAAGUAUGGACCCAUUGGAGCCCACCUCCGAUGGAGCUGGCUGCGCCAGGAGUUCAAGUUCUUUUGGGAUCCUAUGAACUGGCCCUUCAUGCCCCACCUCAAGGUCGACUGGUACCUGAACACUCGUCUCGGACUGGAGAAAAAUUCCCCCAAGUUCAACCACCUGAAAGAGAAAUCCGAGACCUUGGGCUUGGGCUUCGAGGAAGUCGCGGAAGAUGUCAAGGUCAUUGCCUACGACUGCUGCGCCGCCGUCGGAGUCGUGGGUGACGACUUUAUGCGCGAAUUUGGCGUGUUGGAAAACCGCAACGUCGGCCAGCAUCGCAUCUUUGGCGAAAGUUCCGAUGACCUGGGCGGCAUCAACCCCAAGAAACUGUCCGAGGUCAUGCAGGCAUUCCUGCUCGGGGGUCUCAAGUCGACCUACGACGCAGCCAACCAGAUGGGCGGGUUCCAAACGCUCAAGCACAACCCCAAAGCCUCGCCCUAUAACGCGCGAGAUUUCCUCAGCAAGAUCUUGCCGCUGAUGAAAAAGAUGGAGGAGUACAAGAACAGGAAUGAAGAAGGCAAGGCCCGCCAAAUAGAGAGCAAGUUGCGCGAUAUUGUGGGCAAGGUGCCGACCAGGGACGAUAUUCCCUACGAGCAGCUGUACCAGGAGGUCGUGCAACGCCAAAGGAGGAAGUGA